AUGGGGCGCUAUCAAGCUCCAUGGAAUCAGACUUUCCAUUUUUCCAGUAGGAAAAUGCGUGGCGUCGCGGAAUGUUGUUUGAUUAAAUUCGCCCGAACAGACGAAUGACGUAAAUUUCCAGGAAAAAUUCGGGCCCGUAGUUGUAGUUUAGUUGCACAACAGUCCAAAUCUAAGUCUAGUUCUAGUGUAGCAGGGAAAUCAGGAGGAAAUGGGAGUUUUCCAUUAACGAACUCUACUAACAAGGUCAUCUUGGGCUUGAGGACAAAUCUGAUCGCAAAAGAGCGACUGUUGACGCCCUAAGAGUUCUGGCGCAGUUUGUAGGUUGGCGGGUGGCUCCGCCCAAGUGUGGCAAGUACGAUCUACUCAUCGUGGACUACACCCCACUGUUGAUGGACGGCAACGCCGCAGGGGCUAGCGGGGUUAACGCAACAGAAGACUCAGAAGAGGCUGGUUGGAACUGUAGUGUCCACCCCAGUGUUUUUUUCCUGCUAGGAACGCUGGUACUGACAACGUGCGCCACUGGCAUGCUAUGUGCGGCGAUAAUGACAGACCAUUGGGAGGAAGUCACGUGGGAUAUGAACAGGCUGGAGGUUCUGGCCAAUGGGACAGUUCGCUUACAGUGGCUUCUUGACAGAACAGUGGCUCGAGUCUCUACUAAUGAUUUGAACGAUCGCACUGUCGCUUUUCUCGUUCCAAUGCAUGGUGGAAUAUGGACCUUAUGUUUGAGCUUAACUGAUGAAGAAAUCGAUCUUUUAGGGCGAGUGGGAUUUCCUUCAGUACAAUCUUGUGUCAACUACUUGUCUGGGGCUUCAGAAGGUCUUCGCGGCUAUGAACCCAGAGCAGAUUGGCAACACCGUAUGCAGAAUCUUUCAAUAUCCUGCGCCCUAGUUUGCCUAAUAAUAUUGGGCAGUGCCGCUUUGGUAGGAGCUUUUGGCGUAUUCCAACAUCAAAUUAGUGCUGUUCUAGUCACCGGUGUCAUGUACUUAUUAGCUGCCUCUUUUGCACUGUUCACCCUAACAAUCAUCCACUUCAAGCGUUUGCACAUUAAGCCCCAUUCUGAAGUUCAUGAUGGUACAGUAGAUGGAGUGGUAAGCCCUAUGGGGGGACGAGGAGUGGGGCUGCUGCUACCAGCGCGUAUAUUCACCACCUCUUGGUCUUUAGACUUAGGAUGGGGCGGCGUAAUGCUCUGUGUAAUGACUUCAGUGUUAUGGAUACUUCUGAGCAAAAUAAUGCGCUUCAACCCGAUAUCAAGCAUGCUUAACUGACAUCAAUGGGUUUAAAUUGCAGGCAGCAGUUGUUUGAUUGAGAAGUUUUCUCGGUCUUUGGAGAAUUGGCUUAGAAUUAAUAGAUUUAUUACUCAAUACCAGUGCGCACAAUUUACUGUUAAAAAACCUCUCAAUUAAACAAUUCAACUUUCUAUUGACUACAUACAAAAGCUUUGACUAUAACCAAACGUGUCGCUGAUAUAUUAGUUAAAUCCUCUAGAAAGUAAACAUUGAAUGCAAAAACUUAUACAGAAUAACUGAGAUAAGCAACGUUUAAGCAAAUGGCAAGCGUAUUUAAGUCGGUUUGAAAAAUAUUGUUUUUCAGUAUUAACAUUUUGCAACGCACGUGUUGCUCGAUAUCAGUUACUCUGUACUGUUUGUUGUCCUACUUUAGGCCAGUAUUAACAUUUACCGGCUAUCGAUUAUAAGCUUUCUGAGCUAAAUUCUGAGGUGCCUUUGUCAACUAUUUUGUAUAACGCUUUUUAAAUACUAUUCUACUUAAGUCAAUUUAGAGCGAUUUUUUCGUACUUUAUUGAGGCAAUUUAGAAGACCUUUACUCUUGUCAAUAACGUAUUCAAACACUCCUCUAAGAGCUCUUGGUAAUUGCCUCAGAACAUUCAAUAUUUGAUUACUCAUGACCUAGUUUAGUAAGUGGCCUUAAAUUGUUUUCUGAUACUAUACCUACGCAAAAGAAAUCAUGUAUAAUAUACCUAUAUUGAAAAUAUUUUUACAAGUUUAGCGCUUAAGACAUUACACGAUCACUUAUUCUAAACGAUAAGUUGAAACGACUCUUAAAUCAGGUGAAUUGCAAUUGUGUUUAAUUUGUUUUUCUGUUAAUGGUCGUUCAUUUUUCUUUGCUUUUUGUACAAACAUUGGCACAUUUGCAACAACAUUAGCAACUUUAUACAUUGGUGCUUUUCUUGGAUAAGAGUAAGAACUGUUUAAUUUGUGCAACUAGUGGAAGCCUAAUCAACGAGUUCAUUUAGAAAUGCUAGCUUUAAAAGUACGACGAUAAUGCCAAAACGUAAAAUUGUUUAGAUUGUUUAUUUUGAUUUUUGUGAAUACACAAUAGGUGCCGUCAAAGUUUUACUGCAACUAUGUUAUUA